AGAGGAGAUUUCCGGUCCCCCUAGCCGCCGUCUCUAUGAUCCCGUUGUGGCGGGGGGAAUUUCCGGUCCUCCCGGCCGCCGUCUCUAUGAUCCCGGUGAUGCGGGGAGAAUUUCCGGUCCUCUUUCCGCCGUCUCUAUGAUUUCCCCGUGGGCCAGAGCGGCCCCGGAAGUGGCGGCGGGGCCGGGACAGGGCGGGCCAUGGCGCUGGAUCGGCGGUGGCCUCGGGCGCUCGCCCGCGGCGCCGUCCCGGUUGGGCUGGGGCUGCUGCUGUGGGCGGCGCUGGCGGGCGGCGAGCAGGAGCGGCAGCAGCCGCUGAAGGGACGGGCCGGGGCGGACGCCGCGACUUUGGCGCAUCGGCGGCGCCACAAUGAGCUGAUCAUGGCGGCCCUGCGCGAGGCGGCCGAGACCGACGACAACGUGGCGCAGCGGGGGGUGCCGUGGCGGAAGUGACGUCAGCACCGUGAAACCACCGGGCGCCCUCCCCGGCCGUUUCCCGGGGCCCCCCCAUUUCCCCGGAACCAUCAGCGCUGGGUGCGGUUGCCCACGGAACUGUUUUGCGCGUGUGCGCGCGCAGUACUAUAAACCACGGACGCUUCCG